AUGAGUUCCAUUCCAUCAUCACCACCAGGAGCAACAUCAUUAUCGGCCGGUGGAUCUCGAGCAGCUCCUCCGACAGUAACGACUGCGACUCCCUCACCACUCUCCAAUCCCCCUCCCAGCUAUCUACUCUCCUCCAACCUCCGCCGUUUGUCCUACGCUUCUGCUCUAUCGGGCGCCGCGACUACAUCUGAGAAUACUACUACUGACCGUUUAUCGUGGAAUCCGCCUGACAACCAUCGUCAUCAUCGUCUUUAUCUUCCCCCGCCUUUCCGUCAUCAGCUGCAGGACCACAACCACAAUCUCCUCCAGAAUCCCUUCUCUGACGGCCAGACUUCAUUCUCCCCUUUGCUUCUAAAUGCCGAUAUGCAGAUGAAUUCAGCUGCUUGGAGGUCGGGAAUGACGGCGACAUACCCUAGCAAUAAUAAUACAACGACGACUACGACCGAACGUCCCCUACCUCCCUACUCUCGAAAAUUCGCUAGUUAUCCCCCGUACAACAAUUAUAAUAAUACAUUCCUUCACGGUCCCGGCAGCUUGCACGAUCCUUUCAAUCCCUCCCCAUUUUUCACCCCUUCCUACCUCCAAAACUCAAGCUACGCCGCCCGACUGCAGUCCGACCAUCGAGCUCGAAUCGCUCGAAUCGCAUCCGGCGAGAACGAUGAUAUCCCCCUCCCGUCGAAUCCUUUUUCAACGCUAUCUUCUUCCUCUUCCUCCGCCUCGAGCCAUGCGAAUUUACCCCGGAUUGCUCCAUCCCAUCGCGGCAUGACCCAUGAGGUCAUCGAGCGAGAACCUCCCAGCAUCGACGACCAUGUUCCUCCGCUGCCGACUCGAUGGAGUGAGACGGAUAAGUACCCGACACUGGAGAUGAUGCAUGGGGGUCUGGAGCUUCGGUACACAGGACCGCUCAAUAAGCAUGAGCAUGAAGCAGCUGCGGCGCGUACGGAUUAUCCGAUGCCGCCGCAGUGUGGGAUCUAUUAUUUUGAGGUUACGAUUUUGUCGAAACCGAAGGAUGGAAUGAUUGGAAUCGGGUUCUCUGGUGGUAAAGCGUCGAACGAGAGACUCCCCGGGUGGGAGACAGACUCGUGGGCCUAUCAUGGAGAUGACGGCAAAUCAUUCUUUGGAGAGAAUCAGGGACAGGGGCGACCGUAUGGUCCAACGUUCGGUGUGAAUGAUACAGUCGGCUGUGGUGUAAACUUUGCCACGGGAUGUGCGUUCUUCACCAAGAACGGUGUCUUUCUUGGAAAUGCGUUCCGGGAAUUGAAAAAUAUGAAGUUGUAUCCGUCAGUAGGGAUGAAGAAACAUCCUACUGUUCAUCUGAUCUCCAACUUUGGGCAACAGUCAUUCAUGUUUGAUAUUGAUGGCAUGGUUAAGAGAGAAAAAGCGGCGAUAUAUUCGGAUAUCAGUCGCACCAGUGCUUCGAAUCUCCGUCCCCCAUUGGGCGAGGACGCACUUCUUCAUGAACUGGUGGCCCAGUUCCUGGCACAUGAUGGCUACAUAGAAACAGCCCGUGCAUUUGCUGAAGAAGUGGCAUCUGAGACAGCGGCAUUGAACGACCAUGGAGACCCAUUGAAAAAGUACGAAGUGGAAGAGGACCUCGAAGCGAUUAACCGGCAGAAAAUCCGGGCAGCUAUCCUGGAUGGCGAUAUCGAUAAAGCUCUGAAAUACACUAAUGCCUACUACCCCAAAGUCCUGGAAGACUACCCUCACAUUCAAUUUAAAUUACGAUGUCGCAAGUUCUUAGAGAUGAUGCGUCAAUCGAACGAUCUGUCGAUGGCAGCCGCAGCCAAGCGCAGCAAGUCAGCUUCCAACGGAGUCUCCGACGGUAACGCUGGGUAUGGUCAGGAGAUGGAAGUGGACGACCAAACGCAAGACGGAGACGGAUGGGAAGCCGAUGGCAUGGAUACGGACGAUCCAGAAGCAGCAGCCAAGUUCCAGACAUUGUUGACGGAGGCCGUGCAGUACGGACAGCAGCUGCGCAUGGACUACCUGACCGAUGAACGAGGGGGGAACAAAAAAAUGUUGGACGACAUAUUUUCCCUAGUGGCAUAUCCGGAUCCACGACGAUCAGUUCACGGACAUUAUCUGGACCCAGCUGGAAGAGUGGCGGUUGCUGAAGAGCUGAACUCGGUCAUUUUAGUCUCUUUAGGGAAAGCAUCGUCGGCGGCGCUGGAGCGAGUUUACCAGCAAACGGAAGCACUGAUGAACGAGGUUAGUGACGAAGGGGGUGCGGGGGCGUUUAUCAAUGUUCGAAAUGAUAUUUUGCUAUGA